CCACGUUCAGCCCCCAGGGAUCGGAGCCGCUUGCAGCAGCAGCGCCGGCCGGGCGCAGGGGCUUGCGGCGCGGGCAGCCGCCCGGGGGCGGAUCGCGGCGCCGGGGCCAUGCCCUCGCUCGCUCUCCGGCCGCCCGCGUCUCCAGCUGAAGGAUCCCGGGGGCGGGGGGCCGGACAGCCCCGCCCGCCGCUACCGCCUCGCUCCCCCGGCUCCCGGGCAGAACCAACACUAGCAGAGAUGUGAACAAUGGCUGGUCACGCCAAAGCUUCCCUGGAGCCAGAGGGCUUUUCUCCCCCGGGCUCGCCUCAGCAAAGAGACCCAAUGGUCAGUUCCCAAGAGAUAACCAGCCAGUUUGCCAGCGCCAGGAGCAAAGAGGACUGGGAAAACCUGGAUGGGAGUGAGUUGAUUUUCACCUUGGAUAAGGAUGAAGAGGAAGGAGCUGCCAAUUUGCCUGAGAAUGCAGUUCUGUAUGUGGACACCGGGCAGUGCAAAGGCCAACCUGGAUCUUCAUUCCACAGGCCAUUCCCUCCAGCUCCUCCUGCGGAGCUGGGCUUCCUGACCGACAUCCCCUUCUAUCACCUUCCUGGCUUCUCUCCACAGAGCUCCAUUGCCCCCCCGAAUCUGCAGGGCUCCCCGGGCCCCAAGCCCCUCAUUAACUUAGUGAAGUCCCUGUCGACCGAGAUACAAGCCAAGGAGAGCUGCCCUCUCAAGCCCCAGCCCUUGCUGAACUUGGUCAAGUCCAUUUCGACGGAGAUCUCCCACCUGGAGCCUGAGGUGACGCAGUCCAAAUCCGACUCGAAGCUCAACGUGCAACUGUGGAGGCAGAUCACCCAGCCCAAGAGCAGAGAUGGGGACUCCAGGACAGCACCCUCCUCCCCCAAUAUCUCCCCUUCGGAGAGCAAAGGCAGCUUCUUCAGGGCGCAGGAGGCCAAGUUUGAAGACACAAAGAGGAGGUUCUCCGAGGCCAUGCAGGAACCCCUCAGCAGGCUCAGCAAAAUCAUCGGGGAUGAGAACAGCAUCUCUGCCAAGUAUAAACUGCCCCACUCCAGCGCUUAUGUCCAUGACUCCCCGUCCAGCCACAGUGGGGACUGCACUAGCGCGGACGCCAAGGCUGCUAGGCCCAGCCCCGGGAAAGCCGAGAGCGACUGGCUGGGAGAGCACGCGAGCAAAGCGAUCCGGAGGACCCAGGCGAAGGACGGCUUCCCCUUGGAGCACAAGUGGGGUCCCGCCUCGAACUGCCGGUACGAGAUCUGCUCCUGUGGAGAUGUAAUCCAGGUGGUGGAAGUGGAGCAGAGCGAGAACGGCCCGGAGGAGGCGCAGCUGCGGCAGCCCCUGGACGAGCUCUCCCCAUCCCAGCCUGGCAGCCCGGUGCCAUGCAACACCCUCGCCUGCAUUGCCAUCUUGGCUUACAAUUACUUCAUCCUGCCUUUGCCCCCUUACCUCUCGGGCCUCUGUCUGGGACUGGCCUGUGGGUUCAUGCUGGGCUUCCUGGUCAUCCUGCUGUUUGUGCCAAAGCCUUCCCUGGCUCCCCGGCGGGGACAGUCCCCGCAGGACAAGCGGCGCUCGGAACUGCUAACGAGGAAGCCACGAGAACCAGACGUCCUCAAGAGCUGGAUGAAUGAGAUGUAUUUCUACGACCCGGAGAUCUACCACCCGUCGCUCACUCACUCAGUGUUUGUGACGCUGGACGGCACCGCCAUGAAGCUCUCCUACCCCAAGAACAAUGUCCCGCGCCGAGCCGCCUUCGAAGAAGAAACCCUCGACGUGGCCUUUGUCAGCCAUCGGUACUACAACAUGAGCAAUGCCCAGGUUUUUCUCUUCCCACCGGGUCUGGCCCGAAAAAGGAUGUGGAACAAGAAAUAUCCCAUCUGCAUUCUGUUCCCAGACCAAGAGGACCAGAAUUUCAGAAGCUCAAAUGAGCAUGACACGGACCUCCCAAGAGAUGAAAGCCUGAAAAUGACUCGGACACCAGGCCAGGACGUCCCCCUGAAGCCUCCAGGGGACCUCCGGGAAAGGACCCUCUACCUCUUUGGAAGAACAGGAAGGGACAAAGAAGAGUGGUUCCAACAUCUUAUGACAGCCUCCCAACGGGACUGUCACGAGGUGCAGAGUGCCAGCUGGGGCGAAGGCAAAUUCGGUUUCGGUCCGAACCAGCUCUCCAGCCCUUCAGGAAAGGGCAUCUGCAGCAGUGGCAACAGCUGGGGAAGCACAGAAGAUGUCCCUUCGUUGUUCAGACCCAAGGAUCUAGCUGGGACCCUCCGGGAGAAGAUUCUUCUAGAUUACAGCACCUACAUGUCCCGGUUAGUCCAGCCAGAAACGGGCACCAGCCCCCUCCAGAGCCCCUGUCACAGCGCCAUGGGCAGCCCAACCCCCCAACAGUUCCUCAGGGACAUGAAUGGCAGCAGUGAACUGUCAAUGGCUUGGAUGAAUGCACUGGUUGGGCGAAUCUUCUGGGACUUCCUGAGGGAGAAAUAUUGGAUGGACCAAGUGUCAAACAAGAUCCAGAAGAAGUUAAGCAAAAUCAAGCUCCCGUACUUUAUGAAUGAGCUCACGCUCACCGAGCUGGACAUGGGGACAUCCAUCCCCCUCGUUCUCAGUGCCUCCAGUCCGAUCAUCGAUAACCGAGGGCUUUGGGUGGACGUGGAAGUCAUCUACAACGGCUCCCUACAGAUGACACUGGAGACGAAGAUGAACUUGUGCAAGCUGGGGAAAGAGGCAUUGGCGGAGGAGAGUGGGCAGACGGCUGCUGGUGCGGAAGGGGCGAAGCCUCGGGUGAUCCUGCUGGCAGACAGCGAUGCAGAGUCCUCCAGCGCUGGUUCCUCCGACGAGGAAGACGUCCUUGCAGCAGAGCCUUCUGGAGCCCUGGGAGAGAGGAUCGUCCCCCCUCCUGCUGAAGGCCACGGUGGCGGCAACAGCACCAGCCGCAAGAUCCUGCGCUUCGUGGAUAAGAUCGCCAAGUCCAAGUACUUCCAGAAGGCCACUGAAAACGAGUUCAUCAAGAAGAAGAUCGAGGAGGUGUCCAACACGCCGCUGCUGCUGACUGUGGAGGUCCAGGAGCUGGCCGGGACCGUGGCUGUGAACAUUCCUCCACCCCCGACAGACCGAAUCUGGUACAGCUUCCGAAUCCCUCCCCUGCUGGAGCUGAAAGUCCACCCGAAGUUGGGCGAGCGGGAAGUCACCUUCAUACACGUCACAGAAUGGAUUGAGAGAAAGCUGCAGCAUGAAUUCCAGAAAAUUUUAGUGAUGCCAAACAUGGAUGAUCUCAUCAUUCCCAUCAUGCACUCCGGCUUGGAACCCCAGCCCUCCAUGGAGGGGCCAUUCAAGCAGAUAGCCAGAAGCGGCUUUGAAGCGUGACCCACUGGCUGGGUCAAGACACUUGGCAGAACUCUGGAGGAUUUGCUGAGAUGCCCAGCUAACCUGGGCCUGGCCACCGGUCGCCACACAGGAGCCAAAAUGCUGAUCUGAAGUCUCCCAGUUCAUCUCUCCAUCUUGUCUUCAGCAUCCCCCAGCUCAGCAAAGGAGCCUCUUCUUCAAAUAUGACGCAGAACAUUAAGGACAGAAACAUACACCCCCAGGGGAGGAGCAAGUUGGAGUCACCCAAGCAUACAAAACUCCAGGUAGCUCAUCCAUCACCACCAGGUUCCUCUGGAUUAAUACAACUCCCUUGUGGCCAGAUGGGCCUUUUUCUGUGCCAGCCGGGGCAGGAACUUGCUCAGCACUGUCUGCUUUACAAAGAGGGGUGCAAGAAACCCGGGGUGGGAGGGGGUUCCCUGAGGUCCAAGGAGUGUUAAUCAGACGUUGCGAUCAGAAAUGGCCCAAGCUUAUUGCAUCAGCACUGGACACCCUUUAAAUGGGCAGCCGGGUCUGCCAGGAAAACUGCAGGCAGGAAAUGAACUGAAACACAGACAAAACACCCAUAACCCUCAUUGCCCCUACAAGUGUUUUAUUGUACUCUGAGUCUCACCACCACCCAGAAGGCUGAAUGGAAUUGUGGGCAUCCCUACGGCAUCCACACAGAUUGGACACAUAACAGUGAGGUUACCUGGCUCUGACAGCCCAGCCCUGGGGAGGGGAGGACCAUGUGCCCAUCAGCCUGGGGCAGAGCACAUAGGAGGUACAGGCAAUGGCUGUCGCAGGGGUUUAGUUGAAGCGGGAGACUGGGGAAAGCAGCCAUUUGAUGGUAACCAGGCAGUACUGGUGCGGGGAGGGGCUGAAAUAGUCACUGAGUGUUUCAGCAGGCGAAGUUGGGGCAGAGGGUAGGGAUAUGGGGGUGAACCCCCCAAUACCUAAGGGUGGGGGAGCGCUCAGUACGUCAGGGAAGGGAGUGGAGGGGAAGUCCUAUGAGCCCCAGAAAGAGAGAGCGGUUUGUAGACCAAAACGGAGGCAGCAUUGUCAGCUGCCCGGGUCCAGCCCGUCCUCAGCUAAUGCCCUUCGCCCAGGCAGUGCACCCUGCGCCGGGGAACGCGGGAGGCCGUGGGAAUGCCUGGGCACGAGGAACUGUGCAGGUCAGGGCUCGUGGCAGCACCUCUAAUGGAUCAAAAGCAGGGGAGGAGACAGCAACAGCCCUCUUCUCCCAUCCCAGGCCUGGGGGAGCCCCAAAAUGGAGGGCUGGAGUGAGCCAGCCGGCAGAAGAGGUGGGGAUCAGGAAGCCGGUGGAGCAGAGGUCGGAGGGAGAUCGAGUGGUGUCUGUCAAGCUUUGCAGAGCACCAGCCAUGUGACAGCACUGCCGGGCAUUAAGGGAUUAACUCUUCAGCUGGCACAGCUUCCCUGGCCUGCCUUUGUCCUCACUGACGCUCACAGACAUUGCACCCCGAUUCCAUUCUGCCCUGGGAGUUACCCCGAUGGGGCCAUUAGCAGGAGAAGCCUGGGCUCCCUUGGUAUUGAGCCCCUCUGCACGAGGCCUGUGCCCCACUGAAGCUGGCCCCCUCUGCCUUGCAGUGAACAAGACAGAGAGAAGUAGUCUCUUACCGGCAUUUUAGUUUGCUCUGUGCUUCCUCGCUGUGGCGCGUUUCAGGAGAGACACAUCUCAGCCGCCAACAAUGCCACAAGCAUCUGAAAACACCAAGAGGACCAACCCUAUACGGGACAAGGAUGAAAGGCGCCCAUCUGGACUACAGCAUGAGGCACGAAGUGGGACCAUUUGAUGCUCCAUGCAAUAAAAGUAAUAGAUUCUGUCCAGGAACAUCACGGCACCCUGUUAAACCAAGGGGCUUUGCAGACCGGGUGGAUGUGUAAGAGAAGAGCCCAACUGAAGCAAUAAAGUUUCUAUUCAUCCACCAGGGAUUCAGCCUGGGAUGUGUUUGAUGUUAUUUUCCAUUUAUAUUUAUUGUGCUUCACGUCUAUAUUGCCAUUUCAGCAUGGUUUUUCUUUGCAACCACUCACUAAAGACCAGGAUGUAGAACUAACUGUCCAUGGUCCAUCUAGCCCAGUAGCUCAUCUUCCAACAGUGGCCGUUGCCAGAUGCUUCAGAGGGAGUGAAUAGAACAGGGUAAUUUAUUGAGUUAUCCAUCCCCUGUUGUCCAGUCCCAGCUUCUGGUAGGUGGAGGUUUAGGGACACCCAGAGCAUGGGGUUGUGUCUCUGACCAUCUUGGCGAAUAGCCAUUGAUGGACCUGUCCUCCAAGAACUUAUUUUUGAAUCCAAUUAUACUUUUGACUUUCACAACAUUCCCUGGCAGUAAGUUCUAUAGGUUGAUUCUGCAUUGUGUGAAGUACUCCCUUGUGUUUGUUUUAAACCUGCUGCCUAUUAAUUUCAUUGGGUGGCUCCUGGUUCUUGUGUUAUGCGAAGGGGCUAUACCUCCUUAGUUGUCUCUUUUCUAAGAUUUCCCUUUACAAAAGCCGUGUUGACUCUUCCCCAACACACUGUGUACGUCGUGUUCAUCUAUGUGAAUGAUAAAUUCUGUUCUUCAUUUGCUUGGUACUGAAGUUAGGCUUACUGGCCUGUAAAUGUCAGGAUUGCCUUUGGGGCCCUUUUUAAAAAUCAAUGUUACGGAGGCUAAUUUAAACAAUAGGUUCCGUAGCAGCUGGUAGUUUUGCAGUUUCACAAAUGAGUUCCUUCAGAACUCCUAGGUGAAUCCCAUCUGGUCCUGGUGACGUAUCACUGUUGAAUUGAUCAAUUUAUUCCAAAACCUCCUCGAUUGACCCCUCAGUCAGGGACAGGUUUUCAGAUUUCUCACCUAAAAAGACUGGCUCAGGUGUGGGAAUCGCCCUCACAUCCUUUGCAGUGAAGACCGAUGCAAACAAUUCAUUUUUGUUUCUCUGCAAUGACCUUGUUUUCCUUGAGUGCUCCGUUAGCACCUCGAUCAUCCUGUGGAACCACUAAUUGUUUGGCAGCCUUCCUGCUUCUGAUGUACUUAAAUUGUUAGUUUUCCAGUCUUUGGCUAAUUGCUCGUCCAAUUCUUUUUUGGCCUGCCUAAUUAUACUUUUACACUGGACUUGUCAGAGUUUAUGUUCCUUGCUAUUUUCCUCAGUAGAGUUUGACUUCCACUUUUGAAACCGUGUCGUCUUGCCUCUAACCGCCUCUUUUACUGUGUUGCUUAGCCACAGUGGCCCUUUUUUUGGUGGUCUUACUAUUUUUUAACUUGGGGGUAGACCUAUUAUUUGAACCUCUAUUACGGUGGUUUUCCAAAAGUUUCCAUGCAGCUUGCAGGCAUUUCACUCAUGUUCUUUUUCAUUUCCAUGUAACUCGCCUCCUAGUUUUUGUGUAGUUGCUCUUUUUGAAGUAAAAUGCUAUUGUGGAGGGUUUCUUUGGUAUUACCCCCCCCCCCACCCAUGAAGUUAAAUUUAAUUACAUUAGGGUCACUAUUACCAGUCGGUUCAGUUAUAUUCACCUCUUAGACCAGAUCCUGUGCACCACUUAGGACUAAAUCAAGAAUUGCCUCUCCCCUUGUGGGGUCCAGAGCUAGCUGCUCCAAGAAGCAGUCAUUAAUGGUGUCUAGAAAUUUUACCUCCGCAUCCCGUUGUGAGGUGACAUGUUCCCACUCAGUAUGGGCAUAGUUGAAAUCCCCCAUUAUUAUUGGAUUUUCUGUUUUUGUAGCUUCUGUAAUCUUCCCGGGUAUUUCAGUCAGCAUCACCAUCUUAGUCAUGUGGUCAGUAGUAAAUUCCUACCGCUAUGCUCUUACUGUUCACGCAUAGACUUUCUAUCCAUAGAGAUGCUGUGGUAUUGUCUGAUUUAUUUAGGAUUUUUACUGUGUUUGACUCUAUGCUUUGUUUCAUAUGGUGCCACUCCCCCCCAGCACAACCUGCUCAGUCAUUCCUCUAUAUUUUGUAACCUGGUUUUACCGUGUCCCAUUGAUUAUUAUUGUUCCACCAAGUUUCUGUUAUGCUUAUUAUAUCAAUAUCCUCCUUUAAUGCCAGGCACUCAAAUUCACCCAUUAUAUUAUUUAGACUUCUUGCAUUGGUAUACAAGCACUUAUAAAAUGUGUCA